UUGAGUAUAAACACUAGUUCAUGUAUGAAUUCCGAUUUGUUGAGCACAGCUUCAAACUUUUGAGUAUAAACACUAGUUCAUGUAUGAAUUCAACAACAUUACCUUUAAGAAAAGAAUGAAACUUUGUGUCACACGUUUUGAGCUGUUUCUCCAAAUAAAGUAUCGGGCUUUUGAUUACGGCCCAACCAAAUCGAGCACACAAAGAGAGAAAACUCUCGCUUCCUUUUCGUUUUCCUUUUUCCGGUGAAAUCCCCGGCUUUUCAAUAGUGAUAUCGUUCGUCUCUUUCCAGUUUUUGUUCUCUGAUGCUAUACCAAGCUUCCUCCGUUGUUCGCUCACUAUCAGCAGAUCCUGCGUCCGCCAUAGCCAGUUUGUGCUCAAAGGGAAACCUCCGAGAAGCUUUCCAGAGAUUCCGAUUCAACAUUUUCACAGACACUUCUCUCUUCACCCACUUCAUCAAAUCAUGCGCCACCACAAAAUCUCUCCCCUCUGGGAAGCAGCUCCAUUGCCUCCUCGUCGUCUCCGGAUUCUCUUCCGACAAGUUCAUAUGCAACCACCUCAUGAGCAUGUACUCCAAGCUCAAGGAUUUUCCUUCCGCCGUCGCAUUGUAUAGGCUCAUGCCUAAGAAGAAUUUCAUGUCAUCUAACAUACUAAUCAACGGGUAUGUCUGUGCCGGUGAUCUGACAAGUGCCCUGAAGGUGUUCGGCGAAAUGACUGAUAAAAAGCUCACAACUUGGAAUGCAAUGAUCUCUGGAUUGAUCCAGUUUGAGCACAACGAAGAGGGUUUGAGUCUGUUUAGAGAUAUGCACGCGUUGGGGUUUUCGCCUGACGAAUACACACUUGGUAGUGUUUUUAGCGGAUGUGCUGGGUUGCGAUCGCUGUCCAUAGGGCAGCAGAUUCAUGGCUACACGAUCAAGUAUGGGCUUGAGUUAGAUUCAGUAGUUAACAAUUCGGUAGCUCAUAUGUAUAUGAGAAGUGGGAUAUUGCAGGAUGGCGAAAAUGUCAUUAGAUUAAUGCCUGUUCGUAAUCUGGUUGCGUGGAAUAUACUCAUCGCCGGGAACGCUCAAAACGGAUGUCCUGAAAUCGUGCUUUUUCAGUAUAAGAAGAUGAAAAUCGAAGGUUUUAGGCCGAAUCAAAUCACUUUUGUAACUGUGCUCAGUUCUUGUUCUGAUUUAGCAAUAAGAGGUCAAGGUCAGCAGAUUCAUGCGGAAGCUAUUAAGAUCGGGGCUAGCUCUGUAGUAGCUGUGGUUAGUUCAUUGAUCAGCAUGUAUUCAAAAUGUGGCUGUCUUGAAGAUGCAGCUAAAGCUUUCUCGGAACGUGAAGAUGAAGAUGAAGUGAUGUGGAGCUCGAUGAUUUCUGCUUAUGGGUUUCAUGGACAAGGCGGUGAGGCAGUCAAGCUGUUUGAUACUAUGGUAGAGAAAACCGAUAUGGAGAUAAACGAGGUUGCGUUUCUAAAUCUGCUUUACGCGUGCAGCCAUUCUGGUUUAAAAGACAAAGGGCUCGAGUUGUUUGACAUGAUGGUGGAAAAAUAUGGAUUCAAGCCAGGUUUAAAGCACUACACUUGUGUGGUGGACUUGCUCGGUCGAGCAGGAAGUUUGGAUCAAGCCGAGGCCAAAAUAAGGUCUAUGCCAAUAAAACCAGACACCGUCUUAUGGAAAACAUUGUUGUCUGCUUGUAACAUACACAAAAACGCAGAAGUGGCACAGAGAGCCUUUAAAGAAAUUCUUCAGAUUGACCCUAAUGACUCUACUUGUUACGUCCUGCUUGCAAACGUUCACGCCUCGGCUAAGAGAUGGAACGAUGUCUCAGAGGUGAGAAGAUCAAUGAGAGAUAAGAAUGUGAAGAAAGAACCGGGAAUCAGCUGGUUUGAACACAAAGGUGAAUUGCAUCAGUUUAAGAUGGGAGAUCGUUCUCAAUCUAAAUCAAAAGAGAUCUAUUCAUAUCUGAAAGAGCUGACUUUGGAGAUGAAGUUGAAGGGAUACAAGCCUGAUACAGCUUCAGUGCUGCAUGAUAUGGAUGAGGAGGAGAAAGAAUCAGACUUGGCGCAGCACAGCGAAAAGCUAGCGGUUGCAUUUGCGCUCAUGAUAUUACCCGAAGGUGUACCCAUUAGAAUAAUCAAGAACUUGCGGGUUUGCAGCGAUUGCCAUGUUGCUUUCAAGUAUAUAUCUUUGAUUAAAAACCGAGAGAUCACGUUAAGAGAUGGUAGUAGAUUCCAUCAUUUCAUUAACGGGAAGUGUUCUUGCGCCGAUUAUUGGUAAACUGGGAAUUGCAUUAGGAAAAGGCUGUGAUGGUUUUAAGUCACAGCACUCAGAUUCUUUACACUGUGGAUUAGGCUUGUGGUAAUGAACCUUGAGAUCGUGCCUGGCUGUGUUGUUAGUUGUUUUUGAGUUGGGCACAGGAAGUGCCGAAGUGGUUCGCUGUCAACUGCACUUGCUCGAGCCAUGUCUCCAACUGGUCAUGUCUACUCCUCCUGCAUGCAACUGGUACACGCGUGCGUUACUCUCAGAUCAGAUUUCAUAUGUAAAAGAUGAGGACGUUGGAGGUAAUUGUCCCUCAGAACAUAGGAAUUGAAAGAAGUGAGAAUAGAUUGUAGACUUUGUAGGAGCCACGACGAUGACGAUGUAGAACUGAGACCUUGCAAGAAAAGACACCGUUCAUAUGAAGACGACACCGUAUCACAGGACAGCUCUUGUACCAUUGCCACUUUCACUCCAAUUGUCAUGGCUAGGCCUGUUUGCGAAGCAAGAGGUUACACUGGCUACGUGACGUUUUACUUUUGCAAGACUCGAAUGCCUUUCUUAGUCUAAAUUCAUUGUAUAAUUUUCAUCCAAACACAAGUGGGUAAAAGUUCCU